AUGCCAACUUCUCCAUAUGAUACCCACAAGAGGGUCAUGUCAGCCUUUUUGGCCGCUCUAUUUAUAUAUGCCACAGCAUCGGUGGCUGAGGUCAUACUCCGGACCCAGAAGUCAGUUUACCAUAGACUUGUCGGCAACAUCCGCCUCUUUGCUAGCGCCCUUGUUACAGUUUUCCUUCUGGUGGUUCUUGCCCCAGUUUUGGGCCGAACAUAUACUGACAUGUUGAAAAAGCUAUCAGAAAGUGUGAGGAGCAGCAAAGAGGAAGCAAGCUAG